GAGGGCGUGCUCGGAACAGCACGGAAUCGGAUUUGGGCCGAGAAGAUUCACACCCCAAAAAAAGAAUAUAUAUAUAAGAACGUUGAAGGUAUUGUGACCUUGCCCUGCUUUGACACAUCAGUCAUCCAAUCAUGCAACAAGCGUCUGUCACCCUCAGUCAGAUGCUCUGCUGCUGCUCCAGGGAAGUCAACACUGAAAGGGUUAAAAUAAGGGGGCGGGCGCCAAAUGACUGGAAGUCACUUGUGCGGAUGAGAGGAAAGAGAAGCAUAGAAGAAGUCCAAGAAAUGGUGAAUGCUCAGGAUGCUGGGGGGGAGAAGGGCUGUCAGGAAUGUGGAUUUUCCUGGAAUGAGUGCACAUCUCUCGCCAUUCUUUCAGCAUGUUAUUCCUUUCCGGAGUGUUCAGCCGUGCUGCUGCUGUCUGACUGAUCUCGUAUGCUGAGUGCAUGGGGGCUCGGCUCAAAUCGUGAAUGUGCAUGAGUGAGACAGCACUUUGGUGGCAACUCCUGGCACACUGGUAGGACGUGAAAGUACCAGAAAACUGUGUUUUUUUCCCCCCAAAAUGAAUUUGAGCAAUGGAGAAACUUCGACCGUCAGUGGACAGAACAAAAAUGGUCCAAGUGGCAGCUGGGAAGAUAGCAAAAGACUUGUGAAGCCCUCCACUCCGACUCGGAAACCUCAACCACCCAAACCCGAGAACGCCAUCACCAUCGCCGUGUCAUCGCGGGUGCUCUUCAACAUGGAGCGGGAGCAGCAGAUCUACGAGCGACAAGGCAUGGAGGAGUAUCUCAAGUACCAGCUGGAGCAUGAAAGCGAGCCUUUCAGUCCUGGCCCUGCCUUCUCCUUUGUCAAGGCUCUGGAGGCUGUCAACAAUCGACUGCGGGAGCUUUAUUCGCAGAGCGAGGAGCUGUUUGACGUGGUGCUCGUGACAAACAACCACGCGUACGUGGGCCUCCGACUCAUCAAUACCAUCAAUCAUCAUCGUGAGUUACACGACACGCACUAUACGGGCCCACUGAAAGGCUUCCUGGAGGCUUUGGGAAAACUACAAAGGAAGUUUUUUGACAAAGGCCUGCGCAUGGACUGCCCUAUCCGCACAUACCUGGUGACCGCUCGCAGUGCCGCCAGUUCCGGUACCAGAGCCUUAAAAACUCUACGGUCGUGGGGCCUGGAGAUCGACGAGGCUCUCUUCUUAGCAGGGGCGCCCAAGGGACCCAUGCUGGAGAAGAUCAGGCCGCACAUUUUUUUUGACGACCAGAUGUUUCACGUGGAAGGGGCGGCCGAGCUUGGCACGGUGGCCUGUCACGUUCCCUAUGGCGUUGCGCAGAGAGCUGCAAAGAAAUGACUUCUUGAACACUUUGAUGGAGAAACACUUGGAAGGAAACUGCUUCGGCAUGAUGGUGGAUCUGCUCCAGAAUGUAAAAGUUAUUUCAGAAAAUCUAUGCUAAUGUGGAUUCAAAUCAUUGCACAUGAAAAAAUUGGAUUUAAUGUCAGACUCUAUAACAUUUGUUUUGCUUAAACUUAAUGUAAAUUUGCUAAAUGUCAUUGUCAUUUUGCGGAUUUUUAUUUUGAUCUUGCAUGUUAGUGGCAUGUUGUUCAUGUGGUUGAUUGUAUUUUACCAUUACCAAUUUGGUAUGUUGUGAAAUAAAAUAAAAUUAAAAAAACAUGAA